GGAUACGUGAAGAUUAUUAGUUGGAGAAUUAGGAGUAAUAUAAAAUGAUUGAUGGAACAUUCUAGGCCACCACACUCAUUUCUCCUGAAUCUCCAUUCAAAAAUAUUCCAGCUGAUCACAACAAUCCUAUUCCUCAGUUCUGCGUUGAUAGCCAGGAUUUGGUGGUGCCGGGCGAACUAAAAUGAUCGAGGUAGUGUUGAAUGAUCGGCUGGGUAAGAAGGUGCGUGUCAAGUGCAACGAGGACGACACAAUCGGUGACCUCAAGAAGCUCGUGGCCGCCCAGACUGGCACCCGAGCCGACAAGAUCAGAAUUCAGAAGUGGUACACCAUCUACAAGGACCAUAUCACCCUCAAGGACUACGAGAUCCAUGACGGCAUGGGUCUCGAGUUGUACUACAACUAGUUUCCUUGUCGUUCUUUCCCCCACCCUAGGUUGGAUCUUAUAGCAGAAAGCUUGGGUGAUCAAGGAUACACGUAGCAGUAGCUCUCAUUAGAAAGACGAACUUGGAUAUUAUCAUGUGUGUUUUGACAAAUAUCUGUUGGACAUGACACUUAAAGACUGUCUAAGCCAUGAAGGUAUUAUGCGUCUAAUUGUUGAGACAGAAAAACUUCUUAUAUGAAUACACUAUAUGUCCCGGUUGUGUGUUGUUCUUGUCAA